AUGGUUGCGGAUAAAACAUACGAAUUUUACAGUCUGGCGGACCAAUACAUGAUUUAUCUAAGGCAGAAAGGUGAAUACCAGAGACCCAUCGUGAUUGACCGCAUAACUCAGGAAGUCAGGGUGUUAGAUUUCGAUAAACCACACUACCAAGGCAAGACUCCAGAACAUUCUAUCAUAUAUGGUAUUCUCGGCACAAUAAGAUUGCUAUCCGGACGCUAUCUCAUUACCGUUGACGAAAGAGAAUUAGUUGGAAAAGUAUUUGGCCACAGGGUCUACAGGGCUCUCAAGUUUUCUCUACACCCCUUUGCAGCAUCAACUUCUAAUUUGAAAGAAGAAGAGGCAGAAAAACGAUUUGUUUGGAAUGGAUUUAUUCUUGACGAUUGGAGUGGCCUUCUUUCUGCGGCGUUAAACGAAACUCCCGGCGUCGCAUGGCCAAAGCUCGAGAGCCACGUCACCCCUGUGAUCUUAGGUUUUGUGGGCAUUUCACAGCCUGCGACACCUGCUGCCUUUCUUGAUACACCCGAGGAUGCACCCUGCUACGCACUUAUUUCUCGCCGACCCAUUUUCUGCACAGGAACACGUUUCUACACCCGUGAGACCGACAAGGAUGCAACUGCCAUAGAAACGGAGCAGCUUGCAUACAUUCCGCCUGGCCAUAUUUUCUCGUUUUUACAGGAGUUCAGUUACCGUCCACCACACGGUCCCUUGACGCCAAAGUGGUAA